UACAUUCAUACGUACGUACAUCAAGCAGCUGACUUUCUCUGUACGGAAAAAUUUUAGAUACCUAAGCAAAUACAAUUGUCGAUUGUUUAACCAGAAAACAAAUCAUAAAUACUAGCGUAUACAAAUAAAAAAAAAACAGAAACUCUAAUGCAAAAUGGAUGAGUUGACGAAUUUUCUCAAGCAGGCUGGAAAAGAAUUCCUGAAUGUGGCCGGCGAAGCCGCUAUGGGUGCGGCAAAAGAGGUGGUCGGUUCGGUUAUUAAUGAAGUUUUCAUUAAAAAAGAGGCUGAUACCAAACGUGUUCUUCCAAGCAUUAAAAAUAUGCGCGUUCUUGGAGAACGAGGCAGUGGUUCCCGAGUUCAAGAAGACAUUCAAGAUUUUGAGGCCAUCCGAAGCAUGUGUCUGACGAAUGGAUCAUUAUUUGAAGAUCCAUUAUUUCCAGCCAACAACGAAUCGCUUAUGUUUUCGCAACGACCUGAUCGACACAUCGAAUGGUUAAGGCCCCAUGAGAUCGCUAAUGAUCCACAGUUCUUUGUGGAAGGCUACUCACGUUUCGAUGUGCAACAAGGCGAAUUAGGCGACUGUUGGUUACUGGCAGCCACUGCAAAUUUGACGCAGGACCCAAAUCUAUUCUUUCGCGUUGUGCCUCCAGAUCAGAACUUUGAAGAAAAUUAUGCAGGCAUCUUUCAUUUUUGCUUCUGGCAAUACGGCAAAUGGAUUGAUGUAGUGGUCGAUGAUCGCCUGCCGACAUAUCGUGGUGAAUUGAUGUACAUGCAUUCCACUGAGAAAAAUGAGUUCUGGAGUGCUUUGCUGGAGAAAGCCUACGCCAAACUACAUGGUUCAUAUGAAGCAUUAAAAGGUGGCACCACUUGUGAGGGUAUGGAAGAUUUCACUGGCGGUGUAACGGAAUGGUACGAUUUGAAAGAGGCACCACCAAAUCUAUUCAAUAUUCUCCAUAAAGCGGUUGAACGUAACUCAUUAAUGGGUUGUUCAUUGGAACCUGAUCCGAAUGUUUUGGAAGCCGAAACACCCCAAGGCCUAAUUCGAGGCCAUGCAUAUUCGAUAACGCAAGUUUGCUUAAUCGAUAUCUCUGUACCUAAUCGACAGGGUAAGAUACCAAUGAUACGUAUGCGUAAUCCUUGGGGUAAUGAGGCCGAAUGGAACGGCCCAUGGAGUGAUAGUUCACCUGAAUGGCGUUACAUACCUGAGGAUCAGAAGCAAGAAAUCGGUUUGACAUUCGAUCGUGAUGGUGAAUUUUGGAUGUCAUUCCAAGAUUUCCUAAACAAUUUCGAUCGUGUUGAAAUUUGUAAUUUAUCGCCAGACUCGCUUACGGAAGAGCAGCAAAGUAGUGGCAAACGUAGAUGGGAAAUGUCUAUGUUUGAGGGCGAAUGGACGCAAGGCAUGACGGCAGGUGGAUGUCGUAAUUUCUUAGAUACUUUCUGGAGUAAUCCACAGUAUGUUAUAACGUUGACCGAUCCUGAUGAGGAUGAUGAUGAUGGCAAGUGCACGGUUAUUGUGGCAUUAAUGCAAAAAAAUCGCCGCUCAAAACGUAAUAUGGGCAUGGAAUGUUUAACAAUCGGCUUUGCUAUCUAUCAUUUGGCCGAAGAAGAUUUAAACACUAGGCCACAGGGCUUAAAUUUCUUCAAAUACCGCGCAUCCGUCGGACGUUCGCCACACUUUAUAAAUACACGAGAGGUCUGUGCACGCUUUAAACUACCGCCAGGUCAUUACUUAAUCGUACCCUCAACAUUUGACCAGAAUGAGGAAGGUGAAUUCGUUAUUCGUGUCUUCUCGGAAACUAAGAAUAACAUGGAAGAGAAUGACGACCAUGUUGGAUAUGGAAGCCCGACUGAUGAUAAGGUGUUGCCAAACUUUCCAAAUCCGAUCGAUCCGAAACCAAUGGAUACGCAUAAUGAAAGCCUCUUAAAACUGUUCAAAAGUAUUGCCGGUCCAGACAUGGAAGUAGAUUGGAUGGAACUGAAGCGAAUACUAGAUCAUUCAAUGAAGGAUGAUUUACCAAAGAGCACAAGUUAUACGCCUUACAACUAUAAUUUACAAAAUGCAGAUGUUGGCGGUAGUGCGGUGCCAGAAGUCGACGGUGGUGGCCUAAAUAUAUUAGCACUUAUUUGCGGUCCAUUUUGUAAAGGCACACCAUUUGAAAGUAUGUUUACAGAUGGCAGUGAACAAAAUCCAGCUAACAUGAAUCAUGUCAAGCCCGGCAAUGUAGGAAUGCCACCAGUUGUUCUGGAGGAAAAUACUGGAUUUUCCAAAGAUGUCUGCCGUUCCAUGGUUGCCAUGAUGGAUGUUGAUCAGUCGGGUAAAUUAGGUUUUGAAGAAUUCGAAGCCCUACUCACCGACAUAGCAAAAUGGAAAGCAGUAUUUAAGCUCUAUGACACCGAACAAACCGGACGCAUUGAUGGUUUCAAAUUGCGCGAUGCACUCAACUCUGCUGGCUACCACCUCAACAAUCGCAUACUCAAUGCACUGGCACACCGUUAUGGAUCACGUGAUGGAAAAAUUUCGUUCGAUGAUUUUCUCAUGUGUGCUGUCAAAAUUAGAACUUAUAUUGAUAUAUUCAAAGAGCGCGACACCGAAAACAAAGAUGUGGCUACAUUCAGCAUGGACGAAUGGAUUGAAAAAACUAUAUAUUCAUAAAUUAAUGACACUCAUCAACUAAAUU